AUGGCAACCCAGGUGUUGAUUGCCCACACGGGCCAGCGCCUGCAAAUUGAUGCGUCUCAGUUUUCAUCGUUUGAUGAUUUCAAGGCUUCCGUAGCCCGCCAGAGUUCAAUCCCCGUCCAGUGCAUCAUUACUUUAACCGCCCAGGGGCGAUCGUUGAAGUGGCAGACUGUCCACACAGAGGUUGAAAUAUAUGUUUAUGACAACCGGCUUACGCAACCCUCUCUGCCUUCGCCCGGAGCCUCUGUGCCUCUCAAGUCAGAGCUGCCACUCCCUAAGCGAUUCGAAGUCUCAGAUCCCCCUAACUCUAUCGAUGACACAAGGUCGAUUCAAUCGUGGCGGAAGCUCUUUAGUACGCGUCGAGAAUGGGCGCUCAAGGUUGUUGAGGGCUGUAGCCAAAUGGCGACGGCCACAGACGACCGCUUCAGUGAAAUGGACGUCAUGCUACGGUGUCUGGACGCGGCCAUUGCAAAUCUCGAGUCGGUUGUCAGGGCUCUUGAAACAAAGUACACGGAGCUCAAGAAAUGGGCGCCUGUGGCGCAGGCGGAAUACAGUGCACUGGCGACGGGGUGGGAGCAACGUCUGUCACUCGCGCGGAGCAUCCCCAUCUCUCCAGCUAUGGUGCAUUUCAUGACUGGCCGCGACGUUAGCAAUGCCAGGGGACGGCCUCAACGGCAAUCAACCCUUGAGGAUCUUGUCGAUCUGGAAACGGCUCGGAGAGCAGGGCGUCUUGUUCCAGCAGCGCUGCGCAGGGUCAGUGACCAGAUAACGGACUUGGAAAGGGGGGCGACUCGUCUGUUCCAGGAUUCCGAUGAUCUUCUCCGUGGAUUUGACAAGAUAGUAGCCCGCUCGGCACUAUCACACAACGGCGAGUCACUGCAGCUCCUGCAGGAUAUUCAGGCUGUAGCCAAGAAGAUCGACACCGACUUCCAAACAGUUCUGGAGUACACAGGUUCGACCCGAGACGUCCUCCAGGCUUCCAAAAUUGCUGCGAACCACACCGAGCGUCUGCUGCCUAGCAUCCGCAACUGUGCUCUUGAAAUGGACGGGAUGCUCCGCUAUGCUGCGCAGGCCAGAAACAACCUUGCUGCGGAGUUUGUUGAAUUCAUGCGCAAUAUCGCUGAUAUCACUGCACUCAGUCACAGCGUCAAGUCGCUGGUUAAUUCAAUGAGUCAUGAGGAAGACCUGAAAACCUUUGACUAUUUGCGACUCAUUCAGCAGCUUCCUUACGUAUACGCGUCGUUCGUGGCUGAGGCGGUGAAGCGUCGUGAAUGGUUUGACAAGGUCAAGCUGGACUCGUCCACUCUUGCCAACGAAAUGGCCUUGUUUCAAGAGGAGGAAACCAAAAGACGCAGAAGGUGGCACAAGUCGGGCAACGUUCCUGGCCUUGAGGUGAACCUUCUCGGCGAGGACGUCCAGUGGCCAGCCAUGACAAGAAAAGACUUGGAGGAUUUCUAUAGUCUCGCGCAAGCACAAAAGGCCGAACCUGAUAUCAUCAACGACAUUAGCAGGCUAAUUGCAGAUAUUAACAACCCAACAAGACAGCAGGCGAAGCGUAUGAAGGCAUUUAAAAACGGCAGUAUUCACGAGGCUGCUCUGGGGCGGAGUGGAUUGUUAAUCCGAGGAGAUGAUGAUCUCCUGCGGUCCUUGCAGGACGACAAAUUAAAGCUGGAGAACAAGCUGAAGACUGCCGAGAGCCGUACCCAGGCUUCGCGACCCAGCCUGGGCAAUCUGUUUCAGAUGCCAACCCAACAACUCUCAGAUCGCAAUGAUUCGACUAUCUCGAGGAGGUCGACAGAGGGGACGGAUGGCCAUACUCAUCGGAUUCAACAGCUGGAAUCGGAACUCAGGGCCGAAAAAGAGCGCUCGGUCAUGCUUGAAGAAGACCUCAACGCGCGGACAGCGCUGCAUGACAAUAUGAAAGGCCAAAUAGAAGAAGCCAACUCCACUAAGAGGGAUCUCUUGGAGAACAUGGAGGCCCUCAAGCGCGAGUUUUUGGAAGAGAGGAAAUCUCUCGAGGAUGAGGCCCUCAAGUCAGAAGGGCAGGUUGAAUACUUACGCAAUGAGGCUCGACUUCAACGCGAGCGGAUGGAGGCCCAGGAUCGCCUACUCCAGGCUGCGCAGGAUGAGUGCAAGUGCUUGAGCAAGAAACUGGAAUCGCUCAGCGAGGUAACCGGUACGCAACUCGGAGCGCUCCGGGACCUGUGGGAGCAACUGUCGCCUGGAGAUAUUGCGUCUGAGGAUUUGUCGGAUCUUAUUGAUGGAAUUUCCGGGAAAGUCUCCGAUAAAUUGGCAGACCUGCGAUGCUUUGAGGGGGACUUGGUUCUUCUUCGUCUGGACCUCGAAGGGGCCCAUAGCGGCGCCAAGACUUUACGCUCAGAGGUGGCAAUGACGAAGGACAAGCUGUCACGCGAAGAACUAACAUCCCUUCAUCUCCGCGAGACACUCUCGGAGGAGCAGGCCAAGGUGGCAGCCCUCGAAGGUGAGUUAGCGGAUGGACGGGGGCAACUGAGCCAACUACGUGUGAGGCUUACGGACGGGGAGACCGGCUCUGAAUCACUUAGGAAGAGGCUCGAGGAGGAGGAAGAAAGGAUAACCUUGAUAGCUGAGGAGCUCGCUUCUCGGCAGUCCCAGGAUAGGCUGGGGGAAUCACAGGCGCAGCUGUCAGAGCUGACCAUGCGGCUGGAUUCCCGCACGAAGCGUGCUAAAGACUUGACGCAGCACUUAUAUUCGCAGAACGAGCGCCUUACUCGCCUGCUUGAAAGGCUCGGGUAUUCCGUUUCACGCCAGGGCAGCAACAUGGCAAUUCAUAAGAUACCCCGGUCGGAGCGCCCGGCACAGAGCGCAAACGACUCAGACCCGAAUUCAUCCAUCCAGGUCGAGCAUAUGGCGCGUAAACUGCAGCGCGAAACCCGCGCGUACCGCGAGAAGGCGCACAUGCUUCAGAAGGAGGCACAUGACAAGAUUGCCUUCAAACACUUCAGGGAUGGAGACCUUGCGCUGUUUCUUCCUACGCGGAACCAGACGACGGGAGCCUGGGCCGCAUUCAAUGUUGGCUUUCCCCAUUACUUCCUUCGUGAGCAAGAGGCGCAUCGACUGGGGAGUCGGGAGUGGCUCGUGGCCAGAAUUACGCGCAUUCAGGAGCGGGUUGUGGACCUGAGCAGGUCUCUCCAACAUCAACCAGGGCUGCCCAGAAAGCCUGCCGGCGCCGAGACCGAAUCACUGAACGACGACGAUAAUGAUAAUCCAUUCGACCUUUCUGACGGCCUACGGUGGUAUCUGAUAGACGCAGUUGAGGACAAACCUGGUGCGCCAUCCACUCCGGGGCUGGCAAAGAGCACAGUGGCAGCCAAUAACGUUGAAGCCAUGGCCGACAUGCACACUCAUGGGCGCUUGGGUUCCAAAGGUGGAGGGCUGGUCGCUCGUGGAGGGUUAUCUUCGGGCAUCGAGGGCGUGAGCAAGACGCUGUCAAAAAGUCUAGAGAGCCGCCGGUCAAGUACAGGCUCUAGGAAGGCUCUGCCAUUCACGAUCGGUGGCUCCAAGGGGCGUGAUAGCGCGCUUGCGAGCGAAACGAACUCACUCCGCGCCGCUGCCACGACCGAUAUGCCGGCGUCGGUGAGCCCAACACAACCUCCCCACCAGACUGCCGGUGCUCAGAGGGCGGAGCCACCUCAAGGCGGCGAUGCUAGCAAUUCACCGAACCAGCUUCAAUCCGAGGUUCGCCACGCAACAGACGCUCUCGACGGGCUUUAG